AUGUACCUUAUCUUUAAGUGGUAUUAUCUAUUUUUUUGUGCGGAUAGCGUGGACGAAAUUGUCGAUGAGAUCGAUAAGUGUCAUCGAGAGUUGAAAUGUGAUCGAACUGCAACUGAAAUAAAUGCUCAACAACGUUAUAUGUUUCUGGUUGAAUCAACUCUGGGUCUUUGUUGGCAUAUUGGCAUUGCCAUGUUCCUAAUCUUGGCCAUGACACAGCCGGUUUGGACCAAAAAUAAGUUGCCUUUUCACUGCAUACAUCCUUUCAACUGGCACGAUCCGGAGAGACAUCCAUUGGCCCACAUUAUCAGUUAUAUCUGGCAAUGUUUAGUGCUUACCUACAAUAUGAUAUCUAUUCUGUAUAUGGAACUAUUAUCCUCUCACAUAUUUACUCAACUCGGCUGCAAUCUGAAGAUUCUGUGCCUGGAAUUUCAAGGAUUAACCAAGCUGAGUCGAAAUAACGAGGAACUCUUUCGUCGGGAACUUUACAGAUCGGUUGAAUUUCAUCAGAGAAUUCUCAGUCUUGUGGAUCGUACCAAUAGGGUCUUCUAUGCCCCAAUGAUAAUGCAGAUGAUUGCCUCUUUUCUCAUGAUUUCCUUGUCGACAUUCGUGUCCCUUGUCGCCCGACAUGAACCCUCGGUGGCAGCCAGAUUUGUCAUAUUUAUGGUGUUAUCAUUCUUGCACCUAUCCUACUGGUGCAUUGCCGGUGAUAUGGUCACCGAGCAUUCACAGAAAGUAGCCCACGCUGCCUACGAGGUCUACGAAUGGUUACCCUACAAACCGGAAGUCCAGCGGGAUGUCAUGUUCGUCAUUCAACGGGCACAAUUGCCACUCAGCAUGGUCGCCAGUCCUUUUCCGCCCUUUAAUCUCUUCAGUUAUAUGUCCAUACUCAAACAAUGUUAUACCAUUUUGACGGUACUGCUGGAGAGCCUGGAUUAA